ACUACAGCACUUUGCGCAAAAGACUAAAAGUAGACUUCCGCUGUCAACAGUGAGCUAGUUUUUCAUCAGUUAGUGUGACGUAAGGCAGGAAAAACAAUGAGACAACUGUAAUCUUUGAAUUUUAAUCUUUGAGUACGACCUGAAAUAAAAUGGGCAAAUUAAAGUGCUUUGAAAUAGUAUUCACUGAAAAUAAGACUGUUUAUCAUCCCGGUGAGCGAGUUCAUGGACAGUGUAUCGUGGACAUUAAAGGAGAAAUGCGAAUGAGAGCUCUAAGGAUUUUUAUGAGAGGUGUUGCAAAAGUUCAUUGGACAGAGUCACGAAGUACCGGCACCCGAUUAGGCUCGUACACCGAACACUAUAAAGCCGAAGUUGAAUACUUCUUCAAACGCCUUGUUCUUUUUGACGGCGAUCGGGGUACAUUAAACGAAGGUCGUCAUGAAUUUGAUUUUUCCUUCGAAGUUCCUUUAGAUCGCACUAUAUCAACCUCUUUUGAAGGUAAGCACGGAAGCAUACGUUAUUGGCUCAAGGCCGAAAUGGACAAGCCCUGGGCUUUGAAUCACAAAACUAAGAGAGCUUUUACUGUAAUUAGUCCUAUUGAUAUUAAUCGAUCUGAGUUUCAAAUCCCUGUGGAAAAUAGUGCUGAAAAGAGGCUGUGCUGUUGGCUAUGUACUUCUGGACCCGUAUCAAUUACAGCCAGAACAGAUAGAAGAGGCUAUUGUCCAGGAGAAUCUAUUGCGAUCUGGGCUCAUUUCGAAAAUCAUACAUCCAGAACAGUCAUACCUUAUGCCACUCUUCAUCAAACGCAAACUUUUUAUGCAACUGGAAAGUCUAGGGUCAGGGCCACAAAGUUUACUGUUCUGACUGGACUACCUGUUGCAGCCGGAUCAAGAGCGACGUGGGAUGCACAAUUAUUGAAAAUACCUGCCGUAUCGCCUUCCAUUGUCAAUUGUUGCCUUAUAAAGGUAGAAUAUUACGUCAAAGUAGCCGUUCAUAUUCCAGGAGCAUAUAAUUUGGCUUUGAAUUUACCAAUUACAAUUGGAACAGUACCACAUCGCUCCGGGCGAUUACCCCUUGCUCUUCCAGUUCCUCCUCCUUAUAGGGAAAUUGCAACACCUCCUCCCCCAAUUGAUGAUCCCCCACCCACGUACGUCGAAUCUCUUGGUGGUGCUGUCAGUAUAAGAGACGAAGACGACGACGAACAAAAUACUAUUGGAGAAUUACUUUUUACACCUAUGUAUACAUAUGUUGUAGAUUAUCGCUUUCGACCUCCUCCCGCCUAUUCUGAACAAGAUCCGCAUCCUUUACCAGCUGCUAAUCGUGUAUAGAAUUUAUGUAAGCUCUGUUGAAUUUUCAGAUUUAUUUUACAGCUCUUUUUUAACAUCAAUAAUAUACAAAUUACAGUAUUAUAUAUACUAUAUAUACUGUAUAGGUAUAUAUAUAUAUAUAUAUGCGUGCAUUUUAGUCGACUAGUCAACUGUUUCCCAAAUUGCCUUAUCUAUAAAUUAAGAGGAAAUUCUUUUUGUGUUUGUUUGUUAAAAACUGAAAACAUUUUUUUUAUAUAGAUUGAUUAACAGAGUACUGUACAUCAGUAUUAACAUUUCCAAAUGUCUGUGCUCUUACCAAAUUAAGAUUUCAAUAUUCUUAUUAUAACAAAAAAAUACAGUUUAUUACUGAUAAUACUCUAUUAACUCUCUCUCCCUGAGCGUUGAUUAUUAUGACUUCUUUUUAAAUAGAUGUUUUCUCGUAACUCAUUUUGUUACAAUGUGUAAUUUUUUAUUUAAUAAUAUAUGCAAAUAUUCUAUAACAAAAC